AUGGCCAACAAAAAUGAAGAGGCUUUCCUUUACAAGAUAUUCCCCAGUUGGGCCAGUCAGUACAUGGGGAUUAUGAAAUUACUGCUUUACUUCAGAUGGAUAUGGGUCGGGGUGAUCUAUGUGGAUGAUGAAGGGCAGCGAUUUGUACAGGAGGUGCUUCCUAUCUUUCCCGAGCAUGGGAUCUGCUUUGAUUUCAAAGUCAAAUUCCCAGCAAUGACUUUUAUGGAUUCUUUUCCUGAACUGGAAGAAGGAAACAACAACAUAGCCACAGUUGUAAUGGGAAGCACAGCCAAAGCAGUAGUGGUGCAUGGUGGCAUUACCGCCAUGAUUAUUUUCCGAAUAUUGCUGAGGACUGUGGAAUUUAAUGAAAUAUCAAUAAGGACUAAAGCCAAAGUCUGGAUUUUGACAGCCCAGGUGGAUUUCACAUCAAUUUAUAUUCAAAGAAGUUGGGACGUAGACUUCAUCCACGGCGCUUUAUCCUUUGCAAUUCAUUCAGGAGAGAUGUUAGGAUUUGAUCAGUUUCUACGGGCGAGUGAUCCUGCCUCUGAAAAAGCAGAUGGCUUUAUUGGAGAUUUCUGGAAACAGGCUUUUGGAUGUUCACUCCCUGGUACCGCAGAAGCCAUGACAAAUACAGAAAUCUGCACUGGGGAGGAGAAGCUGGAGAGUCUACCUGGGUCUGUCUUUGAAAUGAGCAUGACCGGCCACAGCUACAGCAUCUACACUGCUGUCUAUGUGGUGGCACAUGCAUUUCACGCCAUGUAUUCAUCCAUGCUCCAACACAGAGUGCUGGCAGAUGGAAGGAGAAAAAAGCUUCUGAAUCAGCAGCCACAGCAGUUUCGUGAAUUUUUGAAAAGGGUGUCAUUCAACAACAGUGCUGGGGACCUGGUUGCCUUUGAUCAAAAUAUGGAGAUAGCGACUGGACUUGAUAUCAUCAACUGGGUCACGUUUCCCAACAAGUCCUUUCUUAGAGCCAAAGUUGGAAGGGUUGAUGUAAAAGCCCCAGAAGACACAGUGUUCACCAUUCGUGAAGAUGCAAUCGUUUGGCCCCACAUGUUUAACCAGGUUCAGCCCCUUUCUCUGUGCAAUGACCGAUGCCAUUCAGGCUACAGUAAGAAAAAGAAGGAAGGGAAGCCAUUUUGCUGCUAUGAUUGCCUUCCUUGUCCAGAAGGGAAGAUUUCAUACCUGGAGGAUAGCAAUGCCUGUUUUCAGUGCCUGGAAGAUAAAUAUCCAAAUACUAAUCAGGACUCAUGCCUGCAAAAAUGCAUAAUUUUCUUGUCUUAUGAAGAGCCUUUGGGGAUCACUUUGGCCAGUUUUGCACUUUCCUUCUCUUUCUUGACAGCUUUUGUGCUUGGCAUCUUCAUUAAGAACCAGGAUACUCCCAUAGUCAAAGCCAACAACCGGAAUCUCUCCUACGUCCUCCUCGUCUCCCUCCUGCUCUCCUUCCUUUGUGCCUUGCUAUUCAUCGGACAGCCAGGGAAGCUCUCGUGUCUACUUCAACAAACUACUUUUGGCAUCAUCUUCUCAGUGGCUGUUUCUUGUGUGUUGGCCAAGACCAUCAUUGUGGUUGUAGCUUUCACAGCCAACAAACCAGGGUCCAGGAAAAGAAACUGGGUGGGGAACCGACUAGCGAAUUCUAUUGUUCUUUCUUGCUCUUUGAUUCAAACCACUAUUUGUACUACUUGGUUAAUUUCUUCUCCUCCAUUCCCAGAUUUUGACAUGCACUCAACGACAGAAGAAAUUAUUCUGAAAUGUAACGAAGGGUCAUUAGUCAUGUUUUAUUGUGUCUUGGGCUACAUGGGCUUCCUGGCCACUGUGAGCUUCACGGUAGCUUUCUUAGGCAGGAAGUUACCUGAUAGUUUUAAUGAAGCCAGAUUCAUCACUUUCAGCAUGCUGGUCUUUUGCAGUGUUUGGCUGACCUUUAUUCCAACCUAUUUGAGUACCAAAGGAAAAUACAUGGUGGCUGUGGAGGUCUUCUCCAUCUUAGCCUCCAGUGCUGGGUUACUGAGUUGUAUUUUUUCCCCUAAAGUUUAUAUUAUUGUUGUGAGGCCUGAACUGAAUAUUAAGGGUCAAAUUACUAGAAGACUAAACAGCAGCACACAACAACAGUACAGUUAA